AUGUUACCGGACCCCAAAAACAUGAAAACUAUUUACGUGCUGCAAGAGAACGGGUCUAGUAUGUGCUCCAGCGGUAGCUCCAGCAGUCCUCUCCCUACCACCAAACUAAACACUGUGGUCACCUUCUUCAGAGGGAGAUCUAACUCUGUCUGCAACCUGCGACCAACACCUCCUUCCCAGCACCUCACACCAACAGUAAAGCCUGGUAACAAAGUGUUCGGUGUGUCUCUCUCGGAGUUCAUGGGGGAGAACCCUGAUAAGAUACCACCAACUCUUCUUGAUCUAUUUGUGUAUCUCUUUAACCAUUGCUACAACUGCGAGGGGAUUUUCAGAAUUCCUGGUUCCCUUGCCGUCCAAAGAGCUUUUGAAAACCGUCUAGAAUCAGGAGAACGGAUAGAUUGGUCGGCUGAAGAAAAGCAGCAAGACAGGUUCUUUCUCCCAAAUGUGGCUUCUUCGCUCUUCAAAUACUACCUGAGGUCACUUCCAGGAGGCCUCGUGCCCAGCAAUCUAUUCCCUGAGCUAGAAUCCUGGCGGAAGAAGUCUGAUGAGGACAAAAACGUCGAGAAAAGCGUAAGUGAGAUGAAUAUAAUCCUCUCUGGCAUCCCCGAUGCUAACCGUACGCUGCUACGAUACACUUUGCACACUUUGAAACGUAUAGCUGCCUUCAGUACUGUUAACCUGAUGGGAGACAAGGUUCUCUCAACCUGUAUAGGGCCCAGUCUAAUAACCUGGCCGGACGAUGCUAACGCUCUAAGUAUCUUGGUGGAUCAAUACCGUCGCGCGACACCGUGCUACGUGACGGAGUUUCUGUUGAAGCACGUGCGGGAACUGUUGGGAAGUGAGCCGCGCGAUCUGGAGAGAAGGAAGGUGAUAGAUGACGAGGUGAAGAGCAGAGUAAGUGCGAACAGGGUGGACGAGGUUGAGAGCAGUGAUGAGGACACCAGCAGUGUCUGGCUCAUGGUCAGGAGCAGUAUCAAGGAACAUGACCAUAAACCUCUACUUCUAGAUCUUGCACCGUUAGAUUUGAAGGUUAGUGCACGUGCGCCAGCUGUUGAGCCAGAUUCGCCGACCUGCCUGAAAUCUCCAGUAAUCCUCACAUUUGAUGACGCAUCAGAGACUUCGACUACAGGCUCCGGACCGAGUGAAAACUUUGGAACUUUGGUUUAA